AUGAGUUAUGGUGUUAAUGAAGUGCUGCUUGCUUCUGUCCUGGGGAGUGUGGUGUUUUCGAUCUUUGCUGCGCAGCCGUUGGUUAUUGUUGGGGUUACGGGACCAAUUACUGUUUUUAAUUAUACGGUAUACGAUAUCAUGACGCCAACUGGGACGAAUUAUUUUGCGUUCAUGGCAUUAAUCGGCCUAUGGUCCCUAGUAAUGCAUUGGAUCCUCGCCAUAACCAACUCCUGCAACGCCCUAAAAUACGUAACACGUUUCUCCUGCGACAUCUUCGGCUUCUACGUCGCCUUCAUCUACCUGCAAAAAGGCAUCCAAGUGCUCACCCGGCAAGGCUCCUCGGAACCCUUCUACCUCUCCAUCGCCAUCGCGCUUCUAGUCCUCGUAGUCGGCUACUUGUGUGGGGUCGUCGGCGGAGGCUCUUUGUUUCAGCAUUAUAUCAGAGUGUUUGUUAAGGAUUAUGGCACGCCCCUGACAGUGGUGUUCUUUACGGGAUUCGUGCAUAUUGGGAAGAUGAGGGAUGUUAGUCUCAGUACGCUGCCGACGGGUAAAGCUUUUUUCCCGACGACGGAUAGGGGGUGGUUUGUGCAUUUUUGGGAUAUUAGGGUUUCUGAUGUUUUCAUUGCUAUCCCAUUUGCCAUUUUACUAACCAUUCUCUUCUACUUUGACCACAACGUAUCAUCCCUCAUAGCCCAAGGCACGGAAUUCCCCCUCCGCAAACCCGCCGGUUUCCACUGGGACCUCUUCCUACUAGGCCUCACAACCGGCGUAGCAGGCCUCCUCGGAAUCCCCUUCCCCAACGGUCUCAUCCCGCAAGCACCCUUCCACACGUCCUCCCUGUGCGUCACGCGCGUAGUCGCAGACCCCAACGAAGACGGCGCCAACAAAGGCCACGUCAUCACCAAAACCGACCACGUCGUGGAACAGCGCGUCUCGAAUCUGGCGCAGGGGCUUCUAACGCUGGGAACCAUGACGGGGCCGUUACUCGUAGUGCUGCAUUUGAUCCCACAGGGUGUACUGGCCGGUCUGUUUUUCGUAAUGGGUGUACAGGCCCUCGAAGGCAAUGGUAUUACCCUUAAAAUCCUCUUCCUCUGCAAAGACAAGACCCAUACCCCGGCCUCGGAACCCCUCAAGAGAAUCCGCCGGCGCCUUGCCAUCUGGGUCUUUGUCGCUAUUCAGCUAAUUGGCUUCGGUGCUACGUUUGCGAUCACGCAGACUAUUGCCGCCGUGGGGUUUCCGAUUAUCAUUUUGCUGCUAGUUCCGGUGCGGACGUUUUUGCUGCCGAGGUGGUUUUCUGAGGACGAGCUUAGGUUGUUGGAUGCGCCGACUGCGAGUCCGUUUACAAUGGUCAGUGUGGGAGGGAACUUCGGAGAGAGUGUGGAGGAUUUGACGAUGGCGGGUGAGGAAGGAAAUUCUGGGGGAAGUAGUGGGGAGGGAGUGCUUGUUGGUGGUGGAGAUGCAGAAGGGGAGAACAGCGACGAGGGGAAAGCUGAGAGGGGGGAGGGCAUGAAGAGGAGGGAGAGUUGGAGGGCGGAGGGGAGGAGUGGAAGGUUCGAGGCUGGGGAGAGCUAUGAGAUGCAGAAUCGGGGGAUGAGUAGGAGGAGCGUGAGUAGGCAGUAA